AGAUGAUCGAUACGAUGUCCAUACGCCUCACUUCCUUUGGUCUCGUCCUAAGCUUCGGACAUCGGUCACUUAGGCCUCUCGGCCUCCGCCAACAUGAAGCCCCGCAGCAUACGCUGCAUGAAGUUUUUCCUCACAUUAUUCAAUAUAAUAUGUAUUCUUUUCGGUCUCAUCUUAAUGGCGAUCUGCGUGAUGAACAUGCGUGAACGCAAGAGCCGCCCCGACGAGCAGGCAGCCUUGUCCCGAGGAGUGCUGUCUUUCCUUCUGACCCUGGGCUUGUGUCUCGUCGUUACUGCGGUGCUGGGCUGUAUUGGAGCCCUUCGGGAGCAUGUGAAGAUAUUAUACGUGCAUGCCUGCUUCUUCAUAUUCCUCGUAUCAGUGGAGGUUGUAGUUGGGGUGGGGGCAGCCGUGCUCAGUGCCUGGGUGGGAGGGGGCAGCGAGAUGCGCAUACAGUUCUACCGCAACUCCACGAUCGAUGAUGAAGUUGUCAGCCAUCGGAAUUAUUGGGAUAACUUGCAGUCAGAGAAUCAAUGCUGCGGUGUCGACGGCCCUCAAGACUACGCCAUCAUCCACCGUGACAUCCCACCUUCUUGCUGCGCCCGCGCUCAUGGUCUUCGAGAAGGUGGUGCUCGAAGACACCUUCAUGCUACCUGCUUGACUGAUCGGAGUUACUAUACAAGGGGAUGUGAGGAGGCGAUGCGACAGAAGAAGGCCUUGAAAGGAAACAUCUUCAUUACUACUGGAGUUGUAUUUGCUUUGCUAGAGAUACUCUGCAUCAUAUUGGCGCUGUGGAUGGCUAGAACAAUACGAGUGGAACGUCGAAAGCUUCAGCAAAAUCUACAAGCACAUUUCGAAAACUAACAAUAAGCAUCGUAUUAGCAUAAGUAAAUGUUUUGAGAACACUAUUAUAUUUGAGAAGUCAUUUUUAUGUAAAAUUGUGUACGAUUGAGAAUUCACUAACACUUUUGUAUUAAUAAAA